GAAAACUUGACAAUUUACCAUCUACCGGGCAUCGUGUUACUCGUCUGUAUCCUUUUAUUGAUAAACUACGGCAUAUGAUCAAGGUGUUUGAGAUAAAAACUGCGAUUUUCGGAACGAAAAAUACUCGACAGGAAUCCUUUCCCCGUCCGCCAUUUUGUCAGGGCGCCUGCGAUAAAUUCAGCGGUAAACCAUAUUGCGCACUCUCAGUUGAGAUUUAAAUUAGCCAAUCAGCGGUUUUUUAGCCGUGUCUUUACCGGCAAAAUCAAGCUCCAAGUAGAAUAAGACACGUACUCCAAGGUUUUCAAAAACAAAAACUAUCAACAAAAUCAAAUCGAAAAGCUUUCUUUCAGUUUACUAAAGCUUCUCUCUAACAGUGAGCUCUCAAGAUCUUCGCUAAUUUGAGAGAAAUCAAAAAUUUUUAGAUGGUUAUGACAAGAUCAACCCGAGCGAGGAAGGCAGUUGAAGCACGUUUUGAGAACGACAGCUUAAACAACAUACCACCCUCGUCAGGAACUAAAGUUAAUGUUAAUGGAAAGUCUUCAGACGUUGAGCAAAUGGCUAUCAACAUACCUAGCUCUGAUCGCACCAGCAUUGCCAUUCUACUAUUCUUGUACGUCUUACAAGGAAUCCCCCUUGGCCUAGCAGGGUCUAUACCUCUGAUUCUGGCCAAGAAAGUAGGCUAUAAACAGCAAGCUAUGUUCAGCUUUGUGUACUGGCCUUACAGUGUAAAGCUGCUAUGGGCUCCAAUAGUAGAUGCUGCUUAUAUUUCAAAGAUUGGUCGGAGGAAGACUUGGCUUGUACCUGUUCAAUAUUUGAUUGGGAUCUUCAUGUUGGUGUUGUCAAAGAAAAUUGGUUACCUGCUAGGAGAAACAGAUGGCUCAGCCCCCGACGUCUUUAUGCUAACAGCAGUAUUCUUUUGCUUAAAUUUCCUUACGGCCACACAAGACAUUGCCGUCGAUGGAUGGGCCUUAACCAUGCUAUCGAGAGCUAAUGUCGGUUGGGCUUCUACUUGCAAUACAGUUGGCCAGACAGCAGGAUACUUUCUUGGGAAUGUAGUCUUUCUAGCUCUUAGUUCUCCAGAAUUCGCAAACAAAUAUAUAAGAUCUGUACCACUAGAUAAAGGGCUUAUAGACCUAGGAGGGUUUUUGUUCUUUUGGGGCAUUGUUUUUCUUAUUACCACCACUCUGAUUGGACUGUUAAAGCAUGAACGAUCUGAAGACGAAGUUCAUGGCGAACAACACGAAAAGAAAGGAAUCUUAUCAACAUAUAAAACGUUAUGGACAAUUAUUACACUUCCUGCUGUUAUGAAGUUUAUCGUAAUCCUUUUGACUUGCAAGGUUGGAUUUGCCGCUGCAGAUUCUGUAACAGGGCUAAAGCUGGUUGAAGCUGGAAUACCAAAAGAGAAUCUUGCAAUGCUUGCUAUUCCUAUGGUYCCUAUACAAAUUCUACUUCCUCUUUACAUCAGUAAAUAUACUUCAGGUCCAAAACCUUUUGAUGUAUUCCUACGUGCAUUUCCAUGCCGUCUAUUAUUAGGUCUAGUGUUCAUACUUUGUGUGUGGUGGGCCAAUAAUGUACGUCAGCCAGGCGAAGAGGCAUUCCCUUGGUAUUUUUAUGCUGGCAUUUUAUGUGUAUAUGCGGUUCAUCAGGUAACAGUGUACUGUAUGUUUGUGGCCAUCAUGGCCUUCCACGCACGUAUUAGCGACCCUCGAGUAGGAGGUACCUAUAUGACACUUCUUAACACCAUCACCAAUCUUGGUGGCAACUGGCCUCCUACCUUAGCCUUGUGGUUGGUUGAUGAACUCACUUGGAAGAAUUGUUUAGGGUUACCGAAUUCUGCUACCAUGGAGUGCAACUCUAAGCCAUUAGUUGAGGCAUGUACCAAAGCUGGAGGCAAAUGUGUCACGUCCAUCGAUGGCUACUACAUAGAAUCUAUCAUGUGUAUUGUGAUUGGGUUUAUCUGGUUAAUACUGAAGGCUAAAGAAUGUCGUAGCAUACAGGAAAUGAGGGACACGGCUUGGAAAGCAAGUUAAUUAAGGAAAAUAAUGGACUUAUCUAUUGACAUAUCGACAAGACAUACAAGACACAAAGGCACCAAAAACAAAAGGGAUUGUUGAAAAAAGGAAGCCAAAGAAAACAAUCGAAAUAUAGCAGUUUGCUUAGGAGAAGAGCAAAGACGAAAGAAGAAUUGGAAAAAUAUGAAUAAGUACUUGGGCAAAUACCAACAAGCGAAAUUUCAAAAUUACCAAACCAAGCAGCGACAAGAUGAAAAUCAAUAGCGUGAAAGGAAUAUUCCCUAAAGCAGCUGGAACAAAAGAGUAAGAAGAGAAAAAGAACGACGACGACAAUGAUGAAAGCAAGAAGAACAGCAGCAACGACAGUAGCAAAAGCAGUAGCAUAACCAUCAACAACACAACAGCAACAACAGCAACAAACAACAGCCCUACUGCCAACAACAAAACAGCAAUACAACGACAGUAGUAGUAAAAGUAACAACAACAAUAACAACAACAACGAGCCAGCCACAAUAUUAGCACUCAAAACUACUAAAUAAGACUAAACGAAAAACCAAACGAAUAACGAAACAACAACCAGCAACAACGAAAGCAAAAAGCUCCAAAACUUAACAACCCAUUGGUAUAAAGAUAUAGAGGAUAUUACGUGGCCGCGCGGAGAUACGGAUUUUACCUUCGAGUGUUGAGGUCUUACUUGUGAGCGCAGCGAACGAGUGAGAGAUAUUAUCAACACGAGAAGAUAAAAUCCGUAUCUCCGCGCGGCCAUGCAAUAUUCUCACGUUUAAUAUAGUAUAAUUAUCGAUGGAAUACAAUUUUGAUGGAGUUUUUAUUUAAUGCGAUUCCUAAGAAUUCUUACCAAUGGUGUUAUUUUCACAUUGAGCUGUUUAGCGCAUGUGAUUUCGUUACUUCGCAUUUUCUAUCGAGGGCGAAGUCAAUCAAUCCCAGACAGAGCCUUUAUUUCUUACUGCGCAUGCUCGAAAGUAAGAACUAAAAGCUCUGGGUACGAGAUUGGGAGGAAGUAAAUGGGGCUGAGACUCACACGUGGAUUCGUAAUAGAUUGUAUUUAUUUAUUGUGCGUUCAUUAAAACAAUAUAUGUUCAAUCGGCAA